GCAGGGAUGGAGCCCGGGUCGCGAUCGGGAUCGGAAUCGGGAUCGGAAUCGGGAUCGGGAUCGGGAUCGGGUCCGGGUCCCGGUCCCGGGCACUGGGGCCCGGUCUCCUGCGUUCUGACCGGCGCUUCCCGCAGCUUCGGCCGCAGCCUGGCGCGGCUGCUGGCUCCGCGCUUGGGCUCGGGCUCGGUGCUGCUGCUGCUGGCGCGCUCGGCGGCCCCGCUGGCCGAGGUGGCGGCCGAGCUGCGGGGCAGCGCCGCGGGGCUGCGGGUGGAGUGCGUGGCCGCCGACCUGGGCUGCGAGCAGGGCCUGCGGCAGGCGAUGGCCGCGCUGCGGGAGGUGCUGCCCUCAGGGCCGCCCGGCCGCCUGCUCCUCAUCAACAACGCCGGCUCCCUGGGAGACAUCUCCAAAUCCUUCCUGGAUCUCACUGACCCGGAUGAGAUCAACAGCUACUUUGCCUUCAACGUCACCUCGGCGCUUUGCCUCACCUCCCAUGCCCUGCAAGCCUUUGGGAAGAGGCCUGGCUCCAGCAGGACCGUGGUGAACAUCUCCUCACUCUGUGCCCUGAAGCCCUUCAAGAGCUGGGCCCUGUACUGCAGUGGGAAAGCUUCCCGGGACAUGAUGUUCCAGGUGCUGGCACUGGAGGAGCCGGAUAUCCGUGUGCUCAACUAUGCCCCAGGUCCCCUGGACACGGACAUGCAGCUCUUGGCCCGGACCAAGACUGGAGACCCUGAGAUGCGGCAGCAUUUCCAAAGCCUGCAUGAGAGCAGGAAGCUGAUAGACUGCACUGUGUCGGCCCAGAAGCUGGUGACUCUCCUGGAGGAGGACACCUUCCCCUCUGGUGCCCAUGUGGAUUUCUAUGACAUCUGAGCUCCUCUCACCUCUGCCUUUGCCUUCCUGCUUUGCUCUCUGCUGAGCCUUGUGUUUGGUCAUAGAAUCACAGAGCGUUUUGUCCCUCCAGGCCCUUGUCCCAAGCCCCUCUCCAGGUUUCCUGCAGCCCCUUUAGGCACUGGAGCUGCUCUAAGGUCUCCCCUUCAGGAGCCUUCUCUUCUCCAGGCUGCCCCAGCCCAGCUCUCUCAGCCUGGCUCCAGAGCAGAGCUGCUCCAGCCCUCAGAGCAUCUUCAGUGCCACAAUCACCUUGGUGACCUUGUUUGAGUCCUGGGCGCUCUGCAGCUUUCAAGAGUCCUCUUGGUGCCUUAAAACACCCUGAGUGCCCCAGUGGGACUGAGGAGCAGUCACUGCUUUGCUGUAGCUGUGGAGCCCUCCUGGGUACCCACAAGCAGAAGGAGGGGUUUCUCAGCUGCUGUGAAAGGGAGACCAGAGGUGCCUUUU